AUGGAGCUGGCUACGCGAGGACUCGACAAUGACACCCGCGGGUGGAUUAUGUGCGUGGUCAGUGGCAUAGCAUGCGUCUUUGGCGCCUCCAUCAUCUGCGUCGAUUUUAUCGUUCGCCUUUUCCCGGGCAAGCGCAACUUUCGUAUCCAGGAAAGCAACAUCUUCCUGGCGUGUUCGCUUUCGCUGAGUUUCGGCGUCAUGAUGUUCUCGUCACUCUAUAGCAUGCUACCCGAAUCGAAAGACUACCUUAAGAAAGAUGGUUGGGCUGACCAACCCGCGGGUUUUGUCAUUAUGGGAUGCUUCAUUGGAGGCUUCUUCGGCAUUCAGGCUGUGUCCCGCCUACUACACCAACACAUGCCCUCGCACGUAGUCGACUGCGACCACACCCACGACGACGCAACCCGACAGGACGACUCCUCGUGUAACCAUGGCCGCAGGCAGUCUAGAGUCAGCCGAGCGCGCAGACGAUUCUCACGUCCCCAGUCCUCCCACAGCCAUGCCAAGCUUGAUGCCGAUGGCCACGGCCAUGGUCCAGAGAAUGGUGUGGCACUCGUCGCCGAGUCCACUCCGUUACUCCCGCCACCCACUGAGAUUGGAAAGAAGGGCCCUCGAAAACUACAGAAGCGACAUGCAUCUACUAGAGCCGAUGAGAUGUCGCAGCGACCAACCAGUCCACUCCUAGCUUCGAGAAGCCGUGCGACAACUAGUGAUUUGGAAGCGGCAGCCCGUCGGCCGUCCAUGUACGAGGUGCAGAAGCGCGUCAUGUCUUUCGUCAGAGACACCAAGUGCAACUGCGACGAGGAGGGGUCAUGCUACGGUUACACAGAUCCAUGUGGUCAAGAAUGUUUCAAACACUUGUCUACACGGCUGAUCAACGGUGCCAAGCCUGCGGCCGUGCUGCGAACAACCACCGGACCAUUCUACCCACACUCUGGAUCCGUCUUCCAUGCCGGCCAUACGCACGACGACCUUGAAAGCCCUAUAAGUCCCAGAUUUCGCACCAGCCGAGCGACAUCCCGGGAGCCUGUUCUCUCGCCGACAGACGAAGUACUCGAGGAGGAAGGUGAUCACGACUCCUGCUGCUCAUCCAUGGAAGAAGGGGACGCUGACGCCAAUCAACACCACCAUCAUGUUCCCACAAACGCCUUUCUCUCCAUUGGUCUCCAAACGUCCAUCGCCAUAGCUCUUCACAAAUUCCCCGAGGGCUUCAUCACCUACGCGACUAAUCAUGCUAAUCCCACACUCGGAUUCAACGUCUUCAUGGCCCUCUUUGUGCACAACAUCUCAGAAGGCUUCGCCAUGUGCCUGCCGCUGUUUAUGGCCCUCGGGUCUCGCUGGCGCGCUAUCGCGUGGUCUGCUGUCCUGGGUGGCCUUUCCCAGCCACUGGGUGCCGGAGCAGCAGCCCUGUGGUUCAAGCUUGCGCAGAGGUCCAACAUUGCUCCGAAUGCAGUCGUGUAUGCGUGUCUAUUUGCAAUUACGAGUGGAAUCAUGGUGAGCGUGGGGUUGCAGUUGUUUGUCGAGGGGCUGAGCCUGAAUCAUAAUCGGAACCUGUGCAUAUUCUUUGGAUUCUUAGGCAUGGCUGUCCUAGGAGUGAGCAAUGCGUUGUUCGCGGCACAUUAA